AUGAGCUCCCAAACCAACUCUUCUCCUCUCCUGGUACGAACCACACAUUCUGAGGAUGGAACCUCCAUUUUUGCCCCAGAAACACACGUCGAACCCUUUCAACCCUUUGGUCCCCAGGGCAGCGGCUUCAACAUCUUCGACGCCCGUCAAAGCGUCCCCGCCAAUAACUCAGACACUAUACAAUCCUUUGCAAACUCUCUUCCUAGAUGCCCUCCCCAAGGGACUCUAUUCUGCAUGACGCAGAUCCAGCCUGGAGGCAAAGCACCUAUGCACCGGACCAAGAGCCUCGACUACGCUGUGGUGUUGUUUGGUGAGAUCGUACUGGGCCUUGAUGGUGGUGAGGAGAAGACAGUCAGGCAAGGGCAGAUUAUUGUACAACAGGGUGUGAAUCACAGCUGGGAGAACCGGGGUGAAGUAACCUGCCAGAUCAUAUUUGUGAUGAUUGGUGCUGAGACUUUGACUCGUGAGGACGGAACGGCUUUGGAGGAGACUGUUUUCAAAUGA